AUGAAGCGAGGCUCCCGGCGGGAGAGACUUGAGGCGCAGUGGUGGCGUGCUCGAGCAAAACCGACGGGGACAGGGCACCGGAGGAGGAACAUCGACGGCUUGGCGAGGCGAAGCAGAGGGCCGCGGGUGCUGGGAUUUGGCGAUGCAGAAGACCAUGGCAGCGGCGGUUACUGGCGCGGUGACGAGGAACGGAAGGCGGCAGCAACGAGAGGAGGCAGGCGCCACGACGGGGAGGUAGUGGAGGCGCUGGUCGCGGAGGUCGAUGGAGAGGGGCUUGGCGCGGCGGGGACGAACUCGCUCCGGCGAGGGUGCGGAGGUCCAAGGCACGGCUUGUCUCCGGCGGUUGAGGCCGAAUGGAGGGAGGAGGCAGAGGUUGCAGCAGCCGGAGGUGCGCGGCGUGACUCCUCUAGUCCAUGGCAGGAGGCCAUAGCGGCGGUCGAUGGAGGAAGCCAAGGCGACGCGACGGCGAAGGGGCAGAGGGGAGGCGGAGCAGCGAUUGGUGGCGACGAGGAGAAGCAGGAGGAGAGGCAGCGUGAGAGGAAGCUCGCGAGGAAGGAGGGGCCUGCAUGGGCGCGCGCACAGGGCGGCGGCCUGCUGGACAACGGGAACUCGCGGGCACGCCAACGGCAGAGGACGGCGCGCGGGGCUCUGCUCCUCUCUGCGUGGAUGGCAGCGCGAGAGGAGGACGAUGGGAGAGGGGAUCGAGCAGGAGGCGGCGGCAGAGGGAGAGAUGGGGAAUCGAUCGGGCUAGGGUUUGGCUUAGGUGGGCCGCGGGGAUGGGCCUUGGAGGGGCAAAUGGCCGCGGGGCAGGAUGGGCCGGCCUGGGAGGCUGGCUGGGCUCUCUCCCCUUCUUCCUUCUUUUGUCCCAAAACAGAAAAUAUGAAAGAAGAAAAGGGGAAGAAAGGAAGUGUUAGGGAUAGAAUUUGCGCGGGAGGUUAA